AUGGUUUUGAAACGGAAAAUCGGUUCGGCGGGUUUGCAGCGACGCGUGAAGCCCAGGCGCGAGGACGAUUGGGAGAUGGACCACGAUGGCAGCCAAGCUUCGUCGAGCGACGACGAGGUUGAAGAACAGGGAACUCGACGCCGUGACCAGAAGGAUGCCGACGACAGCGACAAUGAAAGCCGGUCUGAACCUGAGUCUGGCUCCGACCAAGAAUCAGAGGACGAUGAUCAAGAACCAGCCGCCCCCAAUGUUGACCUCACCUCCAUCUCCUUCGGCGCUCUUGCAAAGGCCCAAGCCUCACUCCCUCCCUCCCAGCGCAAAUCCAAGUCUUCCGAGGCUGCUGCCACCGCCGACACCUCCGCACGCAAAGACGACCCCCCUCCCCGCAAGCCCACCCGCUCAAAGAACGACCCGACUCCCAAGCGCUCCUCUAAGCACGCCCCCCAGGAGCAAUCCUCAAAGCGUCCCGUCUCCCGCCUCCGCGAGAUCAUCCCGGACACCCGGCGGCAGGCCCGCGACCCGCGUUUCGAUCCCCUCGCCGGCCCCCUCGACGAGGCCAAGGCCAACAAGGCCUACGCCUUCCUCGACGAGUACCGCGACAGUGAGAUGGCCGACCUCCGCAUUCAGAUCAAGAAGACCAAGGACCCCGAAGCCAAGGACGCCCUCAAGCGCCAACUGCUCUCCAUGGAGUCGAAGAAGAAGUCUCGUGUGCGCCGAGAGGAAGCGGACAACCUGCUGCGCGAGCACCGUCAGCGCGAGAAGGACCUCGUUGCCCAGGGCAAGACGCCCUUCUACCUGAAGAAGAGCGAGCAGAAGAAGCAAAUCCUCGUAGACCGCUAUGCCAGCAUGAGCAAGGGCCAGGUCAACCGCGCCAUCGAGCGCAAGCGCAAGAAGGUUGCGGGCAAGGAGAAGAAGGAGAUGGGUUCAUUAGAG